AUGGCUGCCACCAAGACCACCUUCUUCGGCUCGAUGUUUGCCUUCGAGCCAGCUGGUGUAGACGAUAUAAUCGAUACAUUUCGCGAGUGCUAUGCCGACAGCUCCGACGACGCACCCUUCAUGAGCUACGACCACAGCCAUCAUGUCUUCAAGAUCGAGAAACUGGAUGUUAUGGAUGACGAUACUCCAAUCGAUGUAUUACGCCAACUCCAGCAUUACACACUCAAGCAGGCGGAAGAGAAUGAGUUGAUCGAUCCUAAGCUCCGUCCACUCGAAGGCUUUCUGGCUCGUCUCGCUACUGAAUAUUCCGGCUUCCGUGCCCCAGACCUUCUUGACAUCGACUUUGAUGAGCAUGAUGAACGUCACGAAGACGCUCUGGGCGCCAUGCAGCACGCCUUCACAGAGUGGCACCCUGUCAAUGAUAACAUCAAAAUCUUGACUCGAGCAGUUGCCGAGUCAGUCCUCGCUUUGACGGGCACAGAGAUUCUGCCAGAGCCGACUCAGAAUCAGGUUCGCCUGGUGCACGGCAACUUCGACCUGGCCCUACAGAAAUUAAAGAACCUGGAGCCUUUGCUGGAGCUGCAGUAUCAGCAGCGCGACUCCAACUCUGCAAGGUCCAAUGGCAACGUUUUGGUCACCACCGACGACGCUAUUAGACCGCUGCUUGGAUUCCAAAAAGUCGAUUUUCAGCGAUGUCCAGCAUUUGAUCGGGUGAUUGUGCCGCCGCAUACUGCUCAAAAUCUAGCCAAAAAGUACCUUUGCGAAGGUCGGAUAUUGCUUGAUGGAAUUCUCAGACCGCACCCUAACCUCGACACGAAUGCCAUCUCCCCUACAAACCGUCAUGGAGGAUUCUCGCUAUGGGAUGAUUACAAGUUCAAAGAGGCAGGGAACCGGGCCAACAUGGAGCCUAGAUCGAAGAAUGGCUCGACGGUGCAAGGUGAGACUGUUGCUGGGCCUACACUUGUGGAGCAGAAAUACUUGCAACCCUCAAAAGCUGCCGAGCUUGUAGGGUGGGCUGUUGCCGUUGACAGUGUACAAGACCCCAAUGUUAUAGAACCAGACGCUCCGGCAGAGCCAGCUUCAAGACGCCGUCGGAGAGUUGCGGCCGACUCAGAUGAUGAGGAAGAAGCUCAGGACGGACGAGGCAUGGAUAAAGAGACCUCAGAAGUCGACCCAGGGUAUUCACCAAGUCCAGGCCAUGUCGACGAAUCGAUUACGUCGCCGACUAACCACAGUGCUCUGCCAUGCUCCGAUGAUUAUGCUGGGCUUGAAGACGACGGAGAACUCCUUCCUGGCCUUCCCGUUACCAUCAGUCGAUAUCAAGCGCAUGUGGCCCCAAGUGUUGCCCCAUCUAAUUUACUGUCUCUUUCAUCUGAUGUCGCAAAGAGCAUUGAAUUCAAUGAACACCCCGUUAUCCCUGAUCCUGCUCCACGCAUUGAGAGUCCAAGACGGCGCAGACCCAAGGCUGGCUCCGAUAGCGAAGAUGACGGUACAAAGUCGAGUCAGCGUUUGCCAGAGAUUCGGGACCGUGAUCCGUAUUGCGAUCUGGGUAUGUCGUCUCCUUCACGCGCUCUGUCUCCAACGACUCGUUCUUUCCGCGGUAGCAUGUCGCAGGGAGCCGUUGCUUCUCACCUGCCUCCCAGCAGCAAUGCUGCUUCUCGAUCAGCAACUAGUAUACCGCAGCGUGGUCGCGGGAAAGGUCAGUAUCAUGCGUGGCGAGGUGAUCCACAGCCUGGCAUUUCGACUUCUCAAGGUUUUCGUCCACCUCCGGGAUUUGGAGGACACAAUGCUCAGCAGACCGAAGCCCGUGGGCAACAGCCGAAUUUCCUGGAUGAUGAUCUGGUACCGGUCGCUGGCUCAGAUAUACCACGUAUACCUGCAGCAUGCUCGCAACGCUCCAUCGAUCAGAGUAGCAAGUUCUGGGAGAACCAUACCAGAUAUACUGGUCUGAACGUCGAUGCCCGAGCAGCAGAAGCGAUUCCGCGACUACGGGAGCAAAUUGAGCUUGAAGCUGCGAUCGAAGCAAGUAAGGAAUCUACUGAUGAGUGGUCUACCGUUCAAGGACGUGCCCGGCAGAAGAAGGGUAGCAAGCAGCGCAAAGCCACCAGGCAGGAGCCACAUUUCCACCAGACUAUGGAUCAGAAAGCAGGAAACCGUGGCAAAAAGCGGGGCGGGAAGAAACAGAACGAUUUUUUGACUGAGCGGCAGAAGCGACAAAAAGCCAUCGAAGAUGCAUACGGUCCGGCUCCUGCCACAAGCUCGGCAGCAACUGCUUCGGCAGGCCCUGCAUAUGAGGGAAUGUCAAAGGGCAAGAAGAAACUCCUCUCCAAGAAUGGCCAUAUGGCAUGUGCCAAUGGCGACGCAGUGCAGCAAGAGCUUCGUGUCAAGGAGACUGAGGGCCUGAAGAACCAGCUUCGGCCUUUGUUCGAGCACAGCCGUGCUUUCAGUGGCAGAAUGGUCUUUGGAAUUCAUCUUGGCCAGGUGCUUCUAUCUGCGGAUCCUGAGGCCGGUACUAAGGGCUUCGAUUCAAAGACGUGGUAUGAAGUGUUUGGAUCUAACUCAGCUGUCAAACCUCCUUUGACUUACUUCACUCCCGUAAUCACUACGAAUGGAGCAGACGUUGAUAGGAUUCUGGAGGCGAGAUCCCCAUUGGGUUCCACAGAGAAACUGUUCGACAGACACCGCCCUGGCCCGAGCUCCGUCUGUUACGAGUUUCACUGUCAGAGCAAGAACGGGGAGAAUUUUCUCCUUGUUGUUCGCGAAGACUUGACGUACGAGAUUCGCAACUCAACUGCCAACAUCGGAAUGGUCUGUAUGCAGUGCCCGGCUCAGGUUUGGGAUGCCUGCGCCAUAUUGCAAGGAGCAGAGUUCUGGCACAAUCCUCCUCUCGAGAUCCAAGACACAGUUGAGAGGUUCGUGAGCUCGAUCCACAUCGCGCCAGGACGUGGUCUUAGCUUGUACUUUCAGCAGCCCUCAGGCAACAUUCUGACAAUCAAGAGUGUUCAGAUGAAGCGUGUCAGCCUGCACGAGUGCUUGCUACCGGAGCACGAAGGAAUCCAGCUUCGCGUCACCGAGCAAAAGACUCUUUGCACUCGGGUUUCGCCGUCCGAUAAGCGUCUCUGGAAGGCUCUCGAGUACAGCUACGAAGUGAUGGUCCAACAAGGCUUCGUUCAUUAUGAAAUGUGUCUAGUUGACACGACCAUAAACUCUGCCCUCGAGGCCAAUCAGGCACUCGAGGUGGGUGAGCUUACUGACGCCGCUACCACCGGCAAAUCCCUGCUCAAAGACAAUCGCAUCCGACGUCUUCUCGAUACCACCGUCACUGUCCUGACUAAGAUUGACUUCGUUGGUAUGCACAAUUAUGGUACGAUGCGACGUCAACUCGAUGCCCGCAUUCGUCACGAGCAGUCUUUGCCACCAGGUAUGCAGUCACAGAUUCACCCUCUGAUACCAGCUUCUCGUGUGCCUGCGAGUGUUCUCCGUUCUGGCGGCAAUAGUAUCAUGGCACCUCCUGGCUCUGUGGUGGGAAGCGACAUUGCCAAGCCGAUCCACGGUACGAGGAUGAACACACGCGCGGAGGUCGUAGUUGACGAGCAGGGCAACUACUACCAGAAGGGGCUUGGUGGUGCAAUCGUUCCUGUUGCAGUGAGUGCCAUGGCCGCUUUGAGUGAAGCGCCACUUGGGCCGGAAGAUAGCGCUAGUCAAAAGGGCGCAGCAAGAAGAGCUGCAGGGACGCAACCUGUUGGAACAGGUGGGAUAGGGUCACCGGUGAAGAGCAUGUAUGCAGCGAAGGACAGUAAGCCACCGGGAUUCUGGUGA